CUUGAAGCUGAAAACAACUUUCAGAACUUUCCUUCCGGUACUCUUCGCUCCAGAUGUCGUGGUUCCUCUUGUCGGUGUCGAUGGCGACAUUUCUCAUGGUCGCCACCUCCAGUAUUGGCCAUGGAAACACAAAGUUUCUGAUGGACAAUGUAUUGGUUCUGACAGUUCUCCAUGGUAGCGAGACAUCACGUGUUCUUCUGACGUGCGAGCAGGUCCACCAAGACCAAGAUGUGUUCUGGAAAAAAGAUGGUGAGAUACAACCGCACCUGAAGGGCCACCAGAUCAAUGUUGAAAUUUGGGAGGUGAACGGCGGAAACUUCAGUUGUCACUCGAGCUCCAGCGGACAAUACCUCAGCCAUACGCUGGUCUUAGUUCAGGUUCAGAAUGGAACAAUGGACAUUCUGGAGGGUGGGCGGUAUAAAGAUGCUCUUCACUGCUGGGCCUACAACUACAACGGAAGCUUCCACUGCAAAUGGACCCGUACCAGGAGCAGAAGCCAAGCUAAAGUUUUGAUGUUCAAAGCACAUCGGCAUUCAGAGCCUCUUCCCUGCCAGUUAGACUCAAGCACGUCAGAAGCGAACUGCCUGGACAUGAGUUGUUCAUACAGAGAAGAACAAAAACAUGUGCAUUUGUCGCUCUACAUUUUCAACGCGUACAAGCUAGAGGUGUACACCAAAGCUUUCUACCUGAGGGACAUUGUGAGGCCAGAAGCUGUUCCUGGAUUGCAUUCCGUCGGUGCCAAGAAGUUCCAGUGGGGCUAUCCCGAAUCCUGGCAGAGACCCUGCACCUUCUUUGGGCUUACCUUCCAGGUCAAGUUGGUUGAUGGUGACGACUCCUGCAGCACCAACUCAUUUAUCUCGACGGCCGAGACGGACGCCAGCAGCUAUGUAGCGGACGUUGAUGUCAGCGACUUUGGUUUCUGUGUUCGUGCUCAAGACAAACACACGCGCGGGCUUUGGAGCCAUUGGAGCUCAUGCAGAGUCAUUGGAGGAAAAGCACACUGCGGACCACAUGAUCAUCAAGUCACAUGACUACACAAGACAAAUUAACUAGUUUAUUUAAAAGUUUAUUUUUCUAGAUUUGUAAUGAAAUAUGACAAUUAAAGGAUUCAAUCAAGAAUUUGGGUAAAAAAAAUGCUUUUAUUAAUGUCAUAUUUACACACACGCACACUCAUUCAGCAGUUUCCAUGACAACAUGUGACGGGAGUGCACUUUCAAAGCCUUGUUUUUCCACUAUUGUUGCACUUGUUGUGUUGCCAAGUUGUGUUGCUACGUCAGGUUGGCUGUGUUGUCGCUUAUGGAGCACCAGCAGUGCUAUUAACUAAAAAAUGUGUUACUGAACAUUUAAUUACUUCAGUAUGAAUGUUUAUGGAUUUAUUUAAAUGUUUAUAUAUUUUUAUUUCAAUUUUGAUUUGUCUGUAUGAAUUCCAAAAUGUAUUUAUAUAUAGUCUUUUGAAAAUGUAUUUCACAUUUUAUUUCAUUUUGGCACUUGUUUCUCAUUUUAUCUUCUUUGCUGUGAUGUGUUUUGCUGUAUUGUGCCAUGUCAUUUUUGUUGAUGCCUUGUGUCAACUUUGUUCUUGUGUUGCAGCAUUGUGUCUUCUGUGUUGUUGUUUUUUAAAAUCAUUUUCCAUGUAUUGUUGUAUUUUUGUGUUGCCAUCCAUGUGUUUAAUAUUGUGGCAGGAAGCACCAGGGUGGCGAGCCAUCAGUACACUUGUGUCGUGAUCGGUCGCAUACAGACACACACUGCAUGUUGUGAGUUUUCAAGGGCCAGCGCUUGGCCACAGGAUUUGUGUUC